ACAGAAUCGAAAUUCAAAAUUCCGUCUCUUUGGUACAGAAUACGCUUUGGACCUUCUCGAGCCCGUCGGAACUGUAACUCAGUAUUAUUCUGGCGCCGAUGACUCUCCGGUCAGUUCAAUCCCGAAGUAAGCGGAAACCGAUUGAUGUAUUUGAUUACUCUGACGAGGAUGACCGUGUUGAAGAGGAGUCGAAGAAACUCCUUCGCAAAUUCGAUUCCCCAGUUACUAAAAAACACCACUGCGCCAUCGAUAAGUAUGAAUUCCUUCGAUGCUUUGCGAAGGAUACCCAAAGCGAGAGUAAAGUAUUGCAACACAUUGUUAUUGAUGUUGAAGUCCCAGUAAAAGAAGAACCGUCAAGAUGUGAACUCAGCGGAGAUGGAAAUAGUGACCUGAUUGAUGUUAUCUCCAAUGGCUCCCAUAGAAGGAUUGGAAUCGAUUCAUUAACGUCAUCAUCUCUGUCGGAAAAUGAUGAAGUUUCAACUGGAGAAGCCACAAAUCCUGCUUCUGAUCCACAUGAAGUUGAUCCCGAGAAUGCACAAGUUCUUAUUAUCCCUGAUGUUAUUAUAUAUGGAGAUAUAUACUGUACAAACUCGAAGUUAACAUUUUCACGCAACUGUAUGAAUGUUGAAAGUUCUUCAGUAAAUGCAACUAAAGGGACCUUUAGUUGUCAGUGGACAAUAGAAGAUAUCAUCAAAAUUGAGUCUCAGUGGUGUUUAGAGGUUGAGACUGCCUUUGUUAACGUCCUUCUGAAGUCCAGGAAGCCUGAAGGAGUUGAUAUUGCGAAAGAUAUUUCAGGAAUUGAUCUCCUAAAAUUUUCCGUGUAUGACCCUAAAUGGUCUAAAGAAGUAGAAACCAUCAGAUCGUUGGACUCGAGAUACAAGAAUAUUUGGUUUGACACCAUAACAGAGAGCGAGGAAAUUGCUUUUAGUGGACAUGAUUUGGGAACUUCACUCACCAACCUCGCUGAUUCAUUUGAAGAUCUAGUUUACCCUCAAGGAGAGCCAGAUGCUGUAGUAGUUAGGAAGCAAGACAUUGAGCUUCUGAAGCCAAGACGUUUCAUCAACGAUACAAUCAUUGAUUUUUAUAUCAAGUACCUUAAGAAUCGAAUUUCACCGAAGGAACGGGGCAGAUUCCACUUUUUCAAUUGUUUCUUUUUCCGGAAGCUGGCUAACUUAGACAAAGGUACACCUAGCACGUGUGGAGGAAGGGAAGCAUACCAACGUGUGCAGAAGUGGACUAAGAAUGUGGAUCUUUUUGAAAAAGAUUAUAUAUUUAUUCCUAUAAACUGCAGUUUUCACUGGAGUCUGGUUAUCAUCUGUCAUCCCGGUGAAUUGGUUCCUUCUCAUGUCGAAAACCCACAAAGGGUUCCCUGCAUCUUGCAUCUGGACUCAAUUAAAGGAAGCCACAAAGGUGGUCUUAUAAACAUUUUUCCGAGUUACCUACGUGAAGAGUGGAAAGCGAGGCAUGAAAACACAACAAAUGAUUCCUCAAGAGCUCCAAAUAUGCAGUCCAUCUCACUUGAGCUCCCGCAGCAAGAGAAUUCUUUUGACUGUGGCCUCUUUUUGCUCCACUAUUUGGAUCUUUUUGUGGCUCAAGCUCCUGCUAAAUUCAAUCCAUCCCUCAUCUCAAGAUCGGCAAAUUUUCUAACUAGGAAUUGGUUUCCUGCAAAGGAAGCUUCACUUAAGCGUAGAAACAUCUUAGAAUUGCUUUACAACCUCCACAAAGGUCAUGAUCCAAGUAUUCUUCCAGCUAAUUCCAAAAGUGAACCACCUCAUUGUGGAGUUUCCAACAGGAAUGAUCAAGAAACUGAAAGUGAGAAUGUGAUUGAGUGCUGUAACUGGAUAAAACCAUUUGAUGGUUCCUCAUCAACCGUUACAGACAUUUCCCAAACGAAGACUUGCUCGCCGGAUCUGAUUCUUAGCAAAGAAGUUUCUUACAGCGGAGGUUAUGACCCUCCGUCUUCUAAGCUCCGAAAGGUCUUCAUGUCACCUAUUGUGGAAGAAGUGCAAGAAAGUUGUGAGAAAAAGGACCAUUUGGAAAUGGACAUACAGAAAUCCACUGGUCAUGAGAUAGAAACAUUGCGAAAAGAGGGAUGCAUGCUUUAUAUUGAGGACAGUGAUGAUGAAGAAGCUGUUUCAGUAGAAUACGUCUCUGAUUCUCAAGAUUCAUAUGAAGUUGAGAUGAAAGUAGAAGAUGAUGAUGACGAUGAGCUUAUAGUUACUGGAGAAUCUUCAGGGAUUCAUGGAAGCAGAGAAAUCAAGUCUGAUUCAGCAUCGAUCGAAAGAGUGAACAAAAGUAGAGAUUCAACUGCUGCCUCUUGUUAUAAUGACUUUCUUCUUGUGUUAUCUGAUGAUGAGAGGAGCUCAGACGACAAAGAAAACAUCUUAAUAAGUUCAAAUGUGAUGGCCAAGCCAAAAACUUGAUACUUUAAUGAAGAUGAAUAUCGCCAAUCUAAUGCGAUUAUUAUUUUUAUGGUUUUCUAAUCUCUUUGCCCAUAAUGAAUAUCAUGUCAAAUUUUAUAUUCAA